CGCCGAUAAGAUCUGCUCACAAGCUCCGAACAAAGGCGCGCGAGUGGCUCGGAAUCGAUUGCUGGUCGUGUGACGAGUCGGAUCGAUUUGUGCGCGCAGCUGAAGGGCCGAGACCGACUUAAAAGGGCCACAGCUGCUCACUCUGGGCAGGAGGGUCGCGCGGAGCAGCCGCAUGCCCGCCACCGGCCGCGACCUUUGCAGAAAUGAUGGCCGUGCGGGACACGGCGGUCACCGCGAUUGCAGCCGUCCUCCUGCUGUGGGCCUCCCUCGGCAGCGUCACUCGAGCGCAGGAAAUUAGAAUAGCAUCUCAGCACUGGCAGGGCCGGCAAAUUCGAGAAUUCCGCAGCUACAGCGACGUUGAGGUUUUCCACUUCCGGGUUCCGGACCAAACUGUGACCGCCAACUGGAACUUCACGGCCAAAGAACUGAACGACUGCGAGCCGAGAAACGUCUCAGUUUAUGUGAAGCAGGGUAGCUUCCCGGUGGUCAACCCGAACAAUGGGAAAUUCCCUGAUAACUUUCGCACCGAGACUGAGCUGGCAAAGGUCAACGGCCUGUCAAUUUUGAGCGACGGCCUCCAGUACUCGCUGUCCGUUGACCGCCCUUUGCCAGGAGACUGGUUCGUAAUCGCCUUUCUCACCUUUGAGAACACUAAGAUAGAACAAAAGGGAAUAGCUAAGUCGUGUAGAUCAAGUUUUUCAACCAAACUAGACAUUACGUGGACCAAUGAAACAAUUCUCCUGAUUCCCGAGGUGCAAAACUACCAGGACAUCCAAAUCCACCAGGAAAUUCAACAAGACCAGGAAAUUAAUUACAAAUUUUUCGUGCCAGUGGACACGCACUGGGUCACAAUCGAUAUCAACAAGUGCACGUCCGAGGGGUCGACCGGCUGCCCGAUCGAGGUUUACAGACGCGCCAGAGCCCUGCCGCUGAUUGACGGCGCGCCAGCCUUCAAUUGUUCCGAAAACACAAACCGAUGCAACUCUAGUUUCUUGCCGUUGGAGGGUGAGUGGCACUAUUUGACCAUCACGGCCCAAGCAAACACAUCCUUCUCCUUAAAAGUCAUUUUCCAAACUUGUGCUCAGGACUAUCCAGUGACAAGAUAUCUGAUGAUCAACGACAUGGAGACGGCAAAUAUUUGCACGUCUCUGAACAAAAGCUCCAAGUUCCGCAUGAUCUUCCGCGGGCCGAACGAGCACUUCCGGGCUGCGCCCAAGGAGGUGUGCUGGGACCGCAAGGCCCUUUACCGCAAGACCUCGGCCGCCAGUUUUACCUUCGAGUUCGACCUCCUGCCCGACGCCAACGGCACGACCCCUCUCAAGAUGGACGUCAGCACCAGCAGACCGACCAUCCUCAGUUUCUUCAUCAACCCCAAGCUGGACAUCGGCGGCAACACGUGGCUCGACGUCGGAAUGGACCCGCUAAUGAACACGUCAGAGUACAACGUGACGAUCGUGGUGUGCUUCUCACAUCUGGAGCGAUAUGAACCAAAAUUCACAAGCCCGAAAUGCGAUCCAGAUAAUUUCUACCUGGUCGAGGUGAACCAAACCAAGAAAUUCGCCAGGGUGGUCAUUCCAUACCCAGAGCCUGGAACGUGGAACGUCGCCAUCAUGCCUUUUUGCCACAUUAAUGAAACGAAAAUUCCGUGUCCAAAUGAAACUCUACCCAUGUUCUUUGGCAUUAUCUCCAGUUCGUGUGUGUACGGCAGUUGCGGCCCUUUAGGAAGGUGCAAUUACGUCAUUAGCGGCGGCCUCCUAUUUUCGACCUGCGUCUGCUCUGCAGGUUACAAGGGCUGGGGUUGCACGGACGCAUCCGAGGCCGUCCCCUACGACGAGCUGCUGCUCUCCACCCUUCUGCUCACCCUGAGCAAUUUGCUCUUCAUUCCGUCCAUUGUGCUGGCCAUCUACAGGCGCUUCUACACUGAAGCCCUGGUCUACGUUUGCACCAUGUUCUUCUCUAGCUUUUAUCACGCGUGUGACGGGGUGGCCUAUUCCUUCUGCCUGCUGCGGCUGGGCGUGCUGCAGUUCUGCGACUUCUACUCGGCCAUCCUUGCCUUUUGGGUCACGUUGGUCGCCAUGUCUGACCUUUCACCGACGCUGACCUCGCUGCUGCACAUGGCUGGUGCCAUCACCGUCGCCCUCGGAAUCGAGUACGACAGAUAUGGCAUCCUUGUGUUUGCUGUUCCCGUCGUCUCUGGACUCAUUGUGCUCAUCGUGUCUUGGACUUUACACUGUAGGAGGGAGGACGGUUGCUACCCAAGCAAAAAGUACUGGGUGGUGUGUCUGCCACCAGGGCUGCUGUUGGUCGCCAUCGGCCUGGUGGUCUACGCAUUUCUGCAGACUGAAGACAACUACAAGUUUGUGCACAGCGCCUGGCAUGCCAUCAUGGCCCUGUCCAUCAUGUUCCUCCUGCCUUUCAGGAGGCAAACCGCACAGGUCAAGCUCUCAUGGCGAGGACUCCAAGAUUAAAACAAAAAUAUACUUUAUGAAAAUCAAAAUUUUUGUGUAUAAUAAGUUUUACGUUAUAAUGUUUAAGAUUCUGUGUAAAAUUUACUUAAAUUUUAAAAUGUAAAAAUAUUGCGAUCAGAGCAAAUAUUGCAAAAAAAUCAAUUCUU